CUAAACCCAGGUCACCAUAAAAAAAACAUACAUAGCUUUGAUUCUGAUUGUGUCAUCUUCUUGGAUCUUCUACUUUUAGCCAACAAAACAAACCCAGAAAAAUGUUUGAGUCAACCACCAAUCAAGCUUGUGAUAUUGAGGCUCAGACUUUGGGUGCUGGCUUACUCAUUACCACCACUACUAUUUCACCUAAGUAUGGCCGCAUUUGGCGUAAAAGUUUAUAUGUAGGCCUUUUCAUCACUCAAAAGAAAACCCCUUAUGAUCCUUUACCGGAAGAACCACCGGCUGCCUCUAAAAUACUUGAAAGAGCCUCCUCGGUUCACAUAGAUGUAGAUGAUGAAGAGCACCUUCCGGAGAUAAUUGCUGAGAUUGUGAAACAGAGGGACUUGAACUCUCUUAAAAGACUCGGCGGCGUUGACGAGGUUCUUGCACGUCUGCGUUCUAAUUUGAAGGAUGGAAUUGAUGGAGGCCAAGAUCAAGCAUGGAACUCAGUUGAGAAAAAGGGGUUCUUUUACUUCUUCAAGAAGGCUUGUGACAGUUACACCAAUGUCCUCCUCCUGGUCUCAGCUGUCUUGUCCUUUGUUACUGGUAUCAUAGAGAAAGGAAGAAAAGAUGGGUGGCAUGAUGGGGUUGCAAUACUUGUUGCUUUGGUCCUGCUUGUGGCAUUCCCUUCAGUAGGGAACUACCAUCAUGAAAGGAAGAUGGCGAAGAAGAAGUUGAAGAAUAUAGAAAAAUUGGAAGUGCGUGUUGAAAGGGGUGAAACUUUCCAAUGGAUUUCCAUUUCCAAAGUUGUGGUGGGUAACAUAGUGUGGUUGAAGAAGGGUGAUCGUGUUCCUGCUGAUGGUUUGCUAGUGAGUAGGGACGACUUGGUGUUAGAUGAGGUUUUGAAGCCCAAAAUUCACCAUGAGCAAAACCCAUUUCUCUUCUCAGGUUCAAAGGUUAUUGAGGGUAAGGGUAGAAUGCUUGUAACAUCGGUUGGUGACAAUACAGCUAUGGGCAAGCUGCUGAGCUUGGUGACGGAUCAGCCUAAUGAGAAGACAGUGUUUCAAGGUCGGAUUGAUAAGCCGAGUAUUUACAUGGAUAUGAUUGCUCUAUGUGUCACUGUUCUUAUUAGUCUUGUGGUGUUAAUUCGCCUCCUACAUGGUAACCACAGUAAUAGUAAUGGAUUGCCAGAGCUUAAGGGGAAUGUUUCAGUGGACACAAUGACGAAAAUCUUUGAGAAAAUGGCCCAGAAAUCCAAAGGAAAGAUUUGGAUUUUGACAAGUGCUCUUACAUCAAUGGUAAUAGGAAUACAACACGGAAUGCCUUUUGUGAUUACAGUGUCUCUGCGUUGCUGGAAGGAAAAGGUGCAGCUAUCUUGGGCACACCCUCAAAACUUAUUAGCUUGUGGCACAAUGGGGUUGGUUACAGUCAUCUACAUUGAUAUAACUAGUGGGCUAAUGUGUAAACUGGUGGAGCUUAGCAAAGUCUUUGUGGGAGAGAGAGAAUUCAAAAACUAUGGGGACUCUAAAAAUGUUCUUGAAGCUUUGCGACAGGGAUUUGAUGUGUCCUUACGUGUGUCUGAGAUUUCUGUUAGCCCCACCAAUGCUUUGCUCAUUUCUUGGGCAAAGCAAAGACGCAACUCAGAUGUCUAUCUUCCAACUUAUGACAUUCUUAACCAUAAAAGUUGUACCAAGAAAGGAAGAGGGGCUUUGAUAAGGAAAGAAGGUGAAGAUGAAAAAAUUAUGCACUUGCACUGGGAUGGGGCUGCAUCAACUAUAUUGGAAAUGUGUUCACACUACUUUGACAGCAAUGGGGAAACUCAUGCCAUUGAAGGUCAGAAGAAAGAGGAGUUCAAGAAACUGAUUAAAGAUAUGGAGGAUGGCGGUCUUAUACCCAUUGCAUUUGCUUAUAGAAAAACUGAGGUCCAAGAACUCAAAGAAGAUGGCUUAAGCUUGUUGGCAAUAGUGGGUCUGAAAUACCCAUGUCAGGAAGAGUUUAAAUCAGUAGUGCAAACUCUAAGAAAUGCUGGAGUAGGAGUCAAGUUGGUAUCAGAUGAUGAGCCCUCAGUAGCAAGAGCCAUGGCUUUUGAAUUGGGAAUCUUUAGUCCUGGUUCAAUGGAUGUGGAUAUUCAAAAACUGAAAACCAGAGAAGGAAUGGAGGAAUUGGAUCGGGCUACGGUGGUAGGAAGUUGCCUCCCUGAGCACAAGGUUUGCAUGAUACAGUGCUCGAAGCAAAAGGGUCAUAUAGUUGCAUUCAUUGGAGGAUCAACAACAAUUGACAUUCCAGCACUGAAAGAAGCUGAUGUAGGGAUCAUUGAGGAAACCCAGAGCACCAAACAGGUGAAAGAGUCUUCUGAUAUCACCCUUGAAGGUUAUCGUUCAUUAGUUCCUGUUUUGAAGUUUGGUAGAUGUUGCUACCACAAUAUUCAGAAAUUCAUUCAACUUCAGUUCACUGCGUGCUUAUCUGGGUUGUUAAUAAGCCUAGUGAUGACAAUGGUUCGUGGAGAAUCCCCAAUAACAGGAUUAGAAUUGGCGUGGAUGAAUUUGGUUCUGUGCCUUCUAGGUGGCCUAAUUAUGAAGAUGGAGGUAAAAAGUGAGGAACUGCUAACCAAUAAACCGGCUAAAAGAACUCAAUCACUUCUAACCAAGGCUGUGUGGGUAAACAUAGCAACUCAAGCCUCCUACCAAGCUUCCAUUUUGCUACUCUUUCAACUCAAGGGUCAAGCCAUAACUGACAUGAACGAUGCUGUUCGGAAAACCAUGGUCUUCAACACUUUUAUCCUAUGCCAAAUGUUUAAUCAAUUCAAUGCCAUGGACCUAGUAAAGUGGGAAGUGUUCUGGGGUUUCCUUCAAAACUAUUCUCUUUUGCUGACUUUAACUAUUGUUAUUGUCACGCAGGUGGUGUUGAUACAUUAUUUGGGAAGUAUAACCCAAUUUGAGAAGUUGAAUGCAGUGCAGUGGACUUGCUGUUUUCUUGUUGCUGCACUUCCAUUGGGAUUUGAUAGGGCCUUGAGAUGGCUUGCUGGCAUAUUGUCAUUGUUUCUGAGUUCAGCAGGGCCCUUGCCUUCCGGGAUGCCUUCACCCUAUGUUUCUUAUUUGGGCGUUCCAUUUUUCACGUUCCUUCUGCUUGCAUUGCCUGCACUUUUUACCACUAUCAUAAAUUAUGAUGAAAAUGUGCCAUCAGGUUGUAAAUAAAACUUUUGAGUAAUUCAUUGUGCCUAAUUUGUCUUUAAAUUUUAUUUUAUUUAUUUAUUUAUUUUUUUUAUAAUAAAUAUUAUCACUUCUUUGUUACCUUUCCCAGAAUUGUAUAAAUGUUGCUCUAGUCGUAGUGUAUUUAUAAAUGUCAAAUACUUUGUGUUUU